UCGGUAAUCGGUUAGACGUUAAAUUAUUUCAUUUCAUUUUCUCUUGAAAUAAAUGUUCGUGUUUUACCGCACAGUACAGCAAUGAUUAUAUAUCUGUUUGUUUAAUUUCGUGUGUAACAAAAUCAUUUAAUAAUAUAAAUACCGAUUAUAAAUAAUUGAUUAUAUACAAAAAUGGAUAUCGAAGAGUGUAUAAAAGAGUGGGAUGAUUUAGUAACUGACUACAAGCGAUUAGAGGUUAUAAAUAAAGAUUAUACUACAAAAUUAGAGGAAAUUGGAGAACUGCAAGCAUCAUGUUUAAAAGAACUCAACCAUCAAAGAUAUCGCAUGUCGAUUAUAAGUGGCGCUCUAAAGAGGAUGGAGAAGAAGGGUGUGACAAAGGAUGAACGUCAGGCAAAUUUGGAAAAGGAAAUCAUGAAGAGGAAAGCUAUGCUGCACGAAAUUGAAGCGACUCUACCUAAACAAAACAGUCUGUAUCUGAGAAUUAUUCUUGGUAACGUCAACGUAUCGAUUCUCAACAGAAACGACAAGUUUAAAUAUAAAGAUGAAUACGAAAAAUUUAAAUUGAUACUGAGCGCCAUAGCAUUCGUUCUUGCUGUUGGUAAUCUAUGGAUAAACUUCAGGCCAUUACAAUUGAUAUUGAUAUUUCUACUAGUCUGGUACUACUGCACUCUGACAAUUCGCGAGAGCAUUCUAAAAGUGAAUGGCUCCAGGAUAAAAGGCUGGUGGCGAUUGCACCAUUUCAUUUCGACUGUGGUAGCUGGUAUACUACUCAUUUGGCCACAGAAUGAACCCUGGAAUGAGUUUCGACACACAUUUAUGUGGUUUAUUGCUUAUAUAAGUGUGGUCCAAUACAUGCAAUUUAGAUACCAAAGUGGAGUGUUAUACAGGCUGAAGGCUUUGGGUGCUAGACAUAACAUGGAUAUUACCAUAGAAGGUUUUCACUCGUGGAUGUGGCGUGGGCUGUCCUAUCUUCUACCAUUCUUAUUCGGAGGCUAUGUUUUCCAACUAUACAUUGCAUACACACUUUACCACAUAAGCUAUCACCCAGAAGCUACAUGGCAGGUACCAGCGUUAAGUAUGUCGUUUCUACUUAUCGGCAUCGGAAACACGGCGACCACGCUCAUAGUGAUACCGCAGAAACUGAACGAGCAGGUACCCACCUGAGGAGCGACGGACGCGCACGUAUACGCACGAAUAUGUAGUCUAGUGUUUACAAUUUGCUGUGACCUUGAACGUUAUAUACUUGAAUCGCACACUUGAAAUAUAUAUCCAUAAAUUGAUAAACAAUGAAAAGCCAUUUUAUUUUUUUAAUCAAGUCACUAAAUUAAUCAUAAAAUGGAUUAUUGCAAGAUAUAAUAAUACUUAUUGCAAAAACGUCGUGUCAUUUUAUCUUUAUUGUUUUAUAUCGAUUUUCAAAAGCUAUUUUGUAAGCGAAUGACCUGUUGCAAUUAAUCGUACAAAAUGUGUAUUGGAUUAAACUACUAUUUCGUACAAGAUCACACGAUUUUUUUAUUAUUUUUUUAGAAUAAUCUGCCAUUUUAUUAAGGACUAAUGGUUGAUGUUAAGUGACAUAUUUCUGUGUGAUUAUGUUAUCGGUUACAUUUUUAACGUUCAUAAUAAUUUACAUGUUCGCCAUUAUGCUCGACUUGUUUGUUAAAAAAAAUAUAUGUAUAUCAGCUACUUCAGGCUUUUAUUCGUCUACAUAUACAUUACACCUUAUUAAAAUGGCAGUUGUAACAAACUGUAAUGCAUUUUUGUAGUUUUCAAUUGUUCGAUUUAUACUUUAAUUUCGUAACUACAAACUUUUAUAUUAAUACAGUUUGCGCAGCUAACUACUGCGACAUUAGCAAAUUAUUUUACCUACACGGCUAAGCAACAUCGUUCUUUUACACUUUACUGUGUUGCAAUAAAAUACAGUUUAUAUUCAAUAUUAGACAAUGCAACGAAUUUUUGCAACAUUUUAGUGGCUUCAAGCAUGCUUUGACUGCGCAAAGUUGCAAAUUGAACCUUUUUUGUAUGAAGUUUGUUUUGACCGUGUAAUUUUUAGUACAUUUAGUUCAAUUCUAUUUAAUUACUGCAUAUUAUUUGGCAUUUGCUAAGCAAAGAUACGUCAUAUGACACGAUGUCGGGAAUCUCUUUAGUGUGUAAAUAUAACCAUUUCUUUUUUUUUAACACAUGCUUUUCAAUGUUUUAUUAAAAUUUAGUUUUUUGAUUUUAUUCUGCAGUCUGCUAAAUUAAUUUCAAUACACUACUUUAAUUAGUAGUUUUGUAAUACAUACCAUAUCGCAAUGCAUAUUUGUAAUGGUUGAAAACAAUUUAUUUUAUAAUAAUUAUUAUCCUUGUUAAUCCUUCUUUAUUUGGGUCCAAAAAGUGUUUUUAUUCAAAUGGGUUGUUAAUUAAUGCAUUUACAUAAUAUUAGACAUUUUAUUUUGCAGCAUAUCAAUAAUUUGCAGAUAUUUAUUAUUUGCAUUUAGUUUUUUUUUUUUUAAAUAAUUUCUAGUCGUCAUAUACGAAUCCGAUUGAUUAUGUUAUUAUACAUUCAUGUUACAUAAAAAUAAAUCGUGUUUACUAAGCUUUAUUAAUAUGUUUCUCUACGUCAUCCAAAAGUUUCAUAGAAACUCUACCGUAAUAGUUUCUUGGAUUUUUAACAUGUAUAUUUCUUUUGUGUUAAAUUAAAAAAAAAAAU